GAGGAAGAAUAUUGCUUUUGAAUUUUUUUUCUCACUUAUGACUUCUAUUCAAGUUGUGAUUGGAUUAAGAACUAGUUUGAAUCUAGAUGUUGAAUAAUUUGAUGUGAAGGUGACAUUUCUUUGUGUUAAUUGAUUUAUGCAUAAAAUAAUCAAAUUUCUUGUAUCACUAUCGUGGUACAUGAUUGAGUCCGUACACAUUUUUCUUUGAUCUACAAAACAAUUGCUCUAAAAGUUUAGACCAACACUAACCAAUAAUAUGCUCAAACUGUACUAGAGAUGCAAAACCAUACAUUGGUUAAGUACACUCUUAUCCUACUAAUCCAUUUCAACUAAAAUCAUGUACCGACACUUUUCAUAGGUUUCAUUUCAUUGCCACUGCCACUCUCAAACUUUGCAUCCAUCUCAUUCUUCUUUCUUAUUUUUGAAACAUGCCUGAGCAAAUUGUAUCUGGUGUUGCUGAAAACCUCAUUAACAGGUUGGCUUCUGCAGCUUUUCGAGAAUUCGGAAGGAUUUAUGGUGUUAUGGAUGAAUUGGAAAGGCUUAAGAGUACUCUUGACUCCAUCAAAGCUGUGCUCCUUGAUGCUGAAGACAAACAACAACAAAAUCAUGCGGUUCAAGUAUGGAUAAGAAGACUCAAAGAUGAUGUGAUUCAUCCUGCUGAUAAUUUGCUAGAUGAAUUUCUUAUUCAAGAUAUGACUGAUGAAUCUCAUAAGAACAAAAUGACAAAGGUACUUCAUUCCCUCUCUCUAAAUAAGAUUGCUUUUCGGAGUAGAAUGGCUCAUGGGAUUGAAAAAAUACAAAAGAAAUUUAAUGAUGUUGUGAAAGAUAUGAUUGGGUUGAAUCUAAACCCAAAUGCUGUGGUGUCUGAGAAAAGUAACAGUGUAAAUAGAGAAACUAGUUCUUAUAUGCCGGAAUCAAAUAUCAUCGGAAGAGAAGAUGAUAAAAAGAAGAUCGUAAGCUUGUUGAGGCAAUCACAUGGAAAUCAAAAUGUCUCCGUGGUUGCUAUUACAGGGAUUGGUGGCUUGGGAAAGACAGCUCUUGCUCAAUUGGUAUAUAAUGAUGCCGAAGUUGCAAAGAUUUUUGAAAAGCAUAUGUGGGUAUGUGUCUCUAAUAAGUUUGAUGUCAAAACUAUUGUUAAGAAAAUGUUGGAGUCAUUAACUGAAAGCGAAAUUAGCGAUAAGUUACCAUUGGAAAACAUGCAGAAAAUGCUUCGUGACAAUUUAACGGGUAAGAAGUACUUGUUAGUCCUAGAUGACAUUUGGAAUGAGAGUUUUGAAAAAUGGACUCAAUUGAGGAUUUAUUUGAAGUGUGGUGCUCAAGACAGUAAGGUUGUAGUGACAACUCGUACUAAAAUUGUAGCACAAAUAAUGGGUGCAAGUGUCUCCUACACUCUGGAUGGUUUGAAUCCAAUACAAUCUUGGAGUUUGUUGAAGAACAUUAUUACAAAUGGGGAUGAGACUAAAGAAAUGAAUCAUAUUCUUGAACCAAUUGGUAAGAAGAUAGCUGAAAAGUGUAGGGGAGUUCCGCUCGUAAUCAAAACACUGGGAGGCCUAUUACAGGGUAAAAGUGAAAAAAAGGAAUGGAUUGCUAUUUUACAAGGCGACUUUUGGAAAUUAUGUGAAGAGGAAGAAAUCAUCAUGCCAGUGUUGAAACUAAGUUACCAAAACUUGUCGCCUCAACUAAGACAAUGUUUUGCUUAUUGCUCUUUAUAUCCUAAGGAUUGGGCAAUAGAGAAGGAUGAGUUGAUUCAACUUUGGAUGGCACAAGGUUAUCUUGAAUUUUCAGAUGAAAAACAGACCAUGGAAGACAUCGGUAACCAUUUCGUGAAUAUUUUAUUGAUGAAGUCAUUUUUCCAAGAUGCUGAAGUAGAUAGUGACCGUGAUUUAACUAGUUUUAAAAUGCACGAUUUAAUACAUGAUCUUGCCAUGCAAGUAGCCGGCCUCGAUUGUUGUUACUUGGAUAGUGAGACAAAAAAUAUUGUAGGAAGUCCCAUGCAUGUAAUGUUCAGUGAUGCUAUUGGUUUGUUAGAAUCAUUGGAUGUAAGCAGGGUGCGGACUUUAAUUUUCGAGAACAACAUUUCAGGAAAUUGGUAUGAGAAGGAAUUGUCUGUGAUUUCAAAAUUCAAAUACCUACGCUCUUUGAAGCUGUCAUAUUGUUCUAUAAGUAAGUUGUGUGAUUCAAUUGGAAAUUUGAAACAUUUAAGAUAUCUUCAGUUGUGGUACUGUGCAGGACUAGAAGGCAUUUUCAAAUCUAUUAGUAACAUUGUUUGUCUUCAAACACUUAUAUUGGUUGAGUGUCGAGCAUUUGAAUUUUCUACAAAAGAUGUCUUAAGUUUAAUUAAUUUGAGAUAUCUUCAUAUUGAAAAUUUAAAAGCAUUUAAAGAGAAGAAGACAACGGUUGGAUUCGGAAAAUUAAGCCUGGGGGAGCAGUAUAAGGGUUUCAUUUUUACCAACUGGCUUUCGUCCCUCACAAACAUUGUGAAAAUAUUUCUUAGGAACUGUCAAGGUGUGCAAUAUCUCCAACCAAUGGAACGUCUCCCAUUCCUGAAGUAUCUUUUUAUAGGCGACCUUCAUGAGUUGGAGUACAUAUAUUAUGAAGAGUCUCUUUUGUCUGAAGCAUUCUUCCCUUCUUUGGAGGUUCUCAGAAUUUUUAGAUGCGAAAAGUUGAAGGGAUGGUCGAGGAUAAGGGAUGAAAACUCUUCACAAUCAUAUCAUCUCUCCUUUUCGCCUUGUCUUUCUUACUUAACUAUUGUUGAUUGUCCAAUGUUAACUCACAUGCCUACUUUUCCAAACCUCGACAAGAAAUUGGAUUUCUUUGAUUGUAAUACGGACACAUUAGAAGCAACAUUAAACAUGGUAAAAUCGAAUUCUUCGAUUGGAUUCCCUCCACUUUCCUUGCUAAAAUUCUUGAUUCUUGGCGGACACGAGCUGGACGUGAAAACACUCCCAAAUGAUUGGAUGGAAAAUCUGACUUCUCUCAAGCAUCUUGAAUUUUAUAAUCUUCCAAAUCAAACAUUUCAAGAAAUUGAAGCUUGGUUUGAGGAAAGACUCAACUAUCUUCCUUCCCUGCAAAAGAUUAAAAUUUCUCAAUGUUUCGAGCUAGAGGCGUUUCCAGUUUGGAUUUGCAACCUCUCGUCACUUCAGCAUAUAACCAUUUCGGAAUGUCAAAUUUUAGCUUCACUGCCCGAUGGAAUGCUGCGUCUUACCAACUUACAGACCCUCGAAAUCAUUCAAAGUCCCCUCUUAGUUGAAGAAUGCCAGAAAGAAACAAGUGCAACAUCUCUCAAAAUUGCUCACAUCCCAAACAUAAUCUUAAAGUGAUCUUCUCAUUACAGUUAUCUAGCUGAUGUGAUCUAUAUGUUCACGAAUGCUGAUGGAAAUGUAGCCGCAAUCAAUCCCAAAGGCGUGGCUAGAAGUCGCUGCUAGUUUUGUGCUGUGUAUGGAUGGAUUAGUACAUGUGUGUAUUAAUUGGAUCAUUGAGUAAAGGAAAUCAGAGAUAUGGCUUCACCUCCUUCGAUGCCACUGUCUCUUGAAAUAGCUGUUGAUGGUGCUAGUGUAUCUCAAUAGUUGCUACUGUAUCUCUAAAUGAUAAUGAGUUAAAUGUUGUAAUUUGUUAACUAAGGCUCUAUAUUUCUCAAUUUGAACAUGUAUAAGCUUUAGAUGCACAUUCUUUUCUAACCCGAGGCAUCAGAGGUUUGAAAAUGUACAAUAAAAAUCAUCAACUUUUAUAAUAUUUCACAAAGAUACAUGAUAAAUGAGCACCAUCUCUUAAUUAAAAGCAUAUAGAAAACUGUCGGUUUUUAUUUUGGGCUUUUGGAUAAAAACUGGUUUGUAACCGGAUCCAAAAAUAAAAUAUGGAAGGAUAAUUUAAAAUGAACCAGUAGUUAACCACUUAAUUAAAUCCAUAUAUUUAAAAUCGAUUUGGGUCUAAUAACCGGAUAUUUUGCGCACCAUUGCUUGGAUUCCGUUUUUAUCCACACGCUUGUCAAGUAAAGUAUUAUUUUGAUGCUUUUCCUAGGGUUCAAAUUUUUCCAUACAUUGG